AUGGAGAAGUACACGGUGAGCGCGAAUAAAUUUUUUCUCGGGACGAUCAGUCUCAAUGACUACAUCGACACCCUCGAUAUGCAUCGGAGUCUCUUUCAAGAGUUCCAACUCGACGAGAAGAACUACAAGGCAAUCGGAGAUAAGGUCUUAGAGAGCUUUAUCGAGUCUUUUACUGCGUUUGAUAUGACGAUUCUCAAGCAUCGAUUCGAGCUCACUGACGAGCAAGAACAGGCGUUUCAAGAGUUGUAUGUGACGAUGACUGUCGAUCCAGCUGUUGGAAUCGACUUUCGACUUCCAUCACCAGCUGUGCCACAGCGAUAUUGGGUCUUCCACAAGAAUGACGACGACCGAAUCCAUGUUGCAAAAGCGGAGAUCAACAAAGCGUUCGAAGUCGAGAUUACCAUGAGCGAAGAUAGUGAUCCGAAAAUGCUUUUCAGCUCCGCCGACGAAUUCAGCGAUUACUAUUGGGGCACUGCGAAUGCUGAUUAUUUUCCGAACGGAGAACUGUCAACUUGGGAAAACUGGUUGAUGAUGCGCAAACUUGAUAUGCACACGAAACCGGAAGCCCCGCCAACUUUCGUGCAGACCUGUCUUGGGAAGCGACCGACGCUAGAAAUGUGCUCGAAGCUCAUGACCGAUCCAAAGGUCCCCACGGAUCAUGAGAUUAUUCCCAAAUGUCGACGAGUUGUUCAAAAUAAUGCCUUUGCGAGGACAAUGGUGAUCGUCAUCCCAGUCUUGGUCUCAAUCUUGGUCUUGCUGACGAUUGUUCGCUGCAUUUUCCGGCAAAAGCGACACCGAAGAGGUCAUUUGCGCGAACUCGCCCGGAUCGAAGCCGGCAACAAGAUGCAUACAAUCAUAGACGAUUUGACCGUCAUCGAAGUCGGCAAGAACGACCCUCCCCCAAUUUACGCGGACGUUGUCGCAGUUAUCCAGAAAUAA